AUGCUUUUGUCUAUUAUUGUAGCUUGUGGAAUGCUUGGGCAAAUUUAUACUACCAAAAAAGAUAUUUUAAAUAUUGUCCAGGAAAUAGCUCGACAUUCUGGAUUUGCUGCCCUUUCAAAAGACUCUAAAUGGAAAGUUGUUGAAGUAAUAAAUAAGUAUUAUCAUCCUAAGGCUAAAGAUGCAAGAGUAUUUCAUGAACAUCGUCAGUUAACACAAGAAGCCAAACACACAGCUGUGCAAAUGUUAAAAGCUAGAGCAAAACCUAGUACAAUUUAUGAAGCCAUUAGAGAUGAGAAUGGAGAACCAAUUGCAACUAGACGAGAUAUUUUAAAUUUGAAGAAUAAUGCCUCAAUAGAGGCACUAAUAGUAGGUAUGGAAAAAAGAGGAUAUAGCAUUUGUCAUGAAGAUCAAAAAGAUGGACAUAUCAAACAUCUUUUUUUCUGUUAUAAAAAUUCAGUUAAGAUGACUAGAUGUUUUCCAGAAGUUGUUCUAGCUAAUGCAACCUACAAGAUGAAUGUUUACAAACUGCCAUUUGUAAAUUUCAUUAAUAUUAGUAAUCUUGAGGUUAACCGAUUACAAACCUUUGGAAUUGCCGAUGCUUGGAUCUUAGAUAAAUCUGAGAAGUCAUAUAUUUGGGUGGUUGAAAAGCUUGCCUCACUUAUUUUUUUUGAUAUUUCUCCACUUGUGUUUGUUAUGGAUAAUGAUGCUGCACUUAUUGGCAUCCUUAAAAAAGUAUUUCCUCAAUCUGAAAAUCUCUUAUGUACCUGGCAUGUUUUGAAUAAUUUUAAAAAGAAUUUAAGAAAACACUUCAAUAAUAAUUCUUAUGACAAAAUUAUAAAACUUAUAGAUCGUAUUAUCCAUUUAAGAAAUUAUGAUACAUUAAAUUUGGCAAUCACUUCAUAUAAAGUACUGGCUGCAUCAAGUUUCAAUAUGAAUAAGUUAAGACGAGUAUCUAUUAAUUUGCCUUUGAAAUUAAGUAUGACAAAAGAUGGUGUUCGAGAUGUAGUUUGUGGUAUAAUAGUUGAGGAUUCAAAAAUGGAUCAUUGCUUUCAAAUUAUUGAUGGUAUAGAAACUAUGUACGAAGAGGAUUUAGAACUGUUUAAUGAUGAGAAAUCUGAAACUGGCAGUGAUUUCAUUUUGGAAAAUGACAUUCACAUUGAAAAUAACUCAGUAACAUCACAUGAUACAAAUGAUAAAAAUACAGUUAUCUAUUUUAAAAAAGAAUUGGCAUCACAUGCUGUUUAUCAUAUGUUGACACCUAUAGAAUAUCCUGCUACAAGCCCAGAAGAAAUUCAGUAUUCGAUUGGUAAGCCUGGAGGUGAAUACAAAGUUAUGUGUCUCUACCUUGGAGUUGAAGUUAAGCGUGAGAUGCGAACUUGUCAAGGUUCAAAGCUUUGUAAAUUUGCUGCUUCCAAACUUUAUAAUGGAACUCAUCAAAAUAAAUAUGGUGAAAAACAUCAUCGAUUUAUAUUUGUUCCUUCGAAUGUUAAUUUGGAACUUUUGAAUAAUUUGUAUAAUGGUACUUAUGAGUACAAUCAAGAUGUUCAAAACACAUAUGCACAUCAAUCAGGAAAUGUUAUAUGCUGUGGUUCUAUUGUUAAAAAGUCUUGUAAAGUUGAAUUCUAUAAACUUACACUAUUAAACCUUAAAGAAUGCAACUUAAUUAAAUUAUAUUUUGGUGUUGACACUUUAAGUGAAGUUCAUACUUCGCUUAAUGAUAUUGAUAAGUUACGAAAUUGUGUUUAUAAAAUUCAAAAAGAAAAACAUCCAUUUGGACAAGAUUUGUUGGUUGCUAAUGAAUUUAAUAAAUUUGAAAUAAAUUAUUAUGAUCAAAUUUAUAAUACUCUUUUAACUUUUGCCCAAAUUUUUACAAAUCAAUCAACUGCACUUGCCUAUCAACAAAUGUUUGAAGCUCUGUUUAAUCUUAUUAAACAAUUAACAGAAACAUCAUCAAGUUUUAAACAUAUACAUGGUGAAGGAUGGAGUUGUAUAAUAGGUGAUCUUGACAUAGCACAGGCUAUUGGAUUAGGUGAAACUCUAGCUUCAAUUGAUAAUACUUAUAAUU